AGUCUCUUAAUAUUCAGGAAGUGGCAUUUUAUUUUUGUUCUGGUGUGUUAAAACCCUCCUUCAUGGAUUGAGAACAGAAUUUUAAAAAAGGUAUCAUAUUCAUGGAGAUAUUGGAUUAGAACUUGCAGUAAAAAAAAAACAAUUUCAAACCAGGGAGUUUACAGACGGAGAGUGUGAUAAUGAAGAGUAUGCCAUCAUACCGAGUGGUCAUUAUUGUCCAGCCAGCGGUCAUCCUGGUGGUCUUGUUGUCCUCGUGGUGGCUGGCCUCCCUGCAGACAGCUCGGGAUGACCAUAUAUAUCUAAGACCAUGUUUACCUGAAGAUAACCCCGGAUCUGUCCAUUAUCAACAACAACAGCAGCAACAACAUCAACAGCAGCAGCAACAACAGCAUCAUCAACAACAGCAGCAGCAACAACAUCAACAGCAGCAACUGAGGACAGAUUCCACCAAAAAGGAUGACAAAAUCCUCCAGGAAUAUAAAAAGGACACAGGAAGCUUUGACAAAUCACAAGCCACAGGGCAGGCUGUACAGGAGGCUGCCUCUGUGACAGAGAAAGAUGAGCUUAAUGGAGAGACACUUCCUGCUCAGCACCAGCCAAAGACAGAAGAAACCCUUCCAACACAGCAGAGGAUCCAGGAACCAAAACUAGAUGGAGCCUCUGGGCAAGAUGUUCCUGUAGACAAUGGUCAGAAAACUUCUGAAGAUGGCAGCACAGGUGGUACAAAGAAACCAGGUGAAGAUGUGACAGAGGAAAGAAAACCACCACCAGGUGGCGUAACACCACCAGGUGAUGGUCAUAUCAAGAAGACCCCAGAUUCUGUCCAAGUUGAUAAAACUGAACCUUCCUCAAAAGUUGGGCCAACAGAGGAGCAGAAGACGGUUGUGCCCCCUGUCAGCAGAGAUGAUGAGCCCAUAGUGCCUUCCUCAGACAAAGAGAUCCUCCCCUUUGAUGCCUGGGCACAGCAGAAGCUGGCAGAGGAACAGAAGAAAAAACAAGAUGACCAGCAGGUGCUCCCCCACACCAACGGCAACACCAAGUCAGUGAAGAAACCCAACAUCAACUAUGCCUCCAAGUCCUGUGGUGCCAAGCUGGUGGCUCACAACCCUGAAGCUAGAGAUACCCUGUCUGUCCUCACUGAGAACAAAGAUGAAUAUAUGAUUAACCCUUGUAACAUCAAGAAAUGGUUUGUGGUGGAACUGUGUGAGCCCAUUCAAGUGAGGACUCUAGAGAUUGCCAACUUUGAGCUCUUCUCCUCUGUGCCGGAGACUUUCAAAGCUUAUGUGGCAGAAAGGUAUCCCACUAAAGACUGGCAGGUAUUUGGUUGGAACAUGAAUGACCUUGAUGAUGAUGGUGAAGAUGACCAAAGCCCUGAAGAUGGCAGCACUGCAGAGGAUACAGGAUCCGUGAACUUGUUUAAUACAGCUAAAGAUACAGUGUUAAGUAUUGUAAAGACAGUGUUGACAGUAAACAGUGAUACCGCUGACGCUGCAGGUAAUGCAACCAAUGGCACUAGCAGUACAGAGGCGCCACCUGUGGAAGCUGUUCCCAAACCUUGUUUUCCUGAUGACAAACCUGUUGUUCGGCCUGAACUUGGUUUAGAUACCCCAUCUGAGGUCUCAGAAACCACUUCAAGCCCUGGAAGUAAACCUUGGAAGUCAAAACAUAAGAGUUUCCUGCAGUCAUUGUUAUCUGAGUGUAGUGUAUGUGACAAAACCAGUCAUCAAACUCAGGUGACAUCAGGAACUUGUGGCUAUUUUAUAGCCCUGACAGGUAGCUGUAUGCACCCCAUGUCAUGUAGUGACAGACUGCCAAUCACACAGGGGACAGGUGUCAGUGGGACUGACUCCGCCCAUAGACCAACCUCUGCCCUCAAGUCAAGCUCCACCCACAUAGUAAAAGAUGGAACAAGCUCCACCUCCAGUGAAGUAUCAAAGUCAGUCACUGAGAUGUCAGUCAUCCAGACCACACCCACCUCCAUGACAGUUGUGGUGAGCAGUAGCACAGCUCUGAACUCAGCAGGUUCCACAGGAAGUAUAGCUCCUAGCCAGAGUGACCCCAGCUCCACCAGCAUACACAGGGAGUCUAAAGAAUCAACACAGAAGUUGAGUAUAAAAACUGACAUGUCCAGCACUGACACAGACCCUGGACUACAAACCACACCCACCACUGGAGAAGUAAGAACAGAAAUAGAGGAGUCCAGAGAUAAAACACACCAACAGGCAGCAACUGGGAACACUUCAAAGCAGACUAGUGAAACGCUUCAGUCAUCUUUGAAAACAGUCAGCAGCAAGGCAGUAGAGCCUACGGAUCAACUUCAUCCUCCACCUCUACAAUCCAAUACAGCAGGGGAAAAAGAUGAGAGUUCUCUGUCAUCAUCAGCAUCAGAAUCUGUGUUUUUAGAACCUUGCACACAAGACAGUCCAGCUUCACAGGAAGCCAUCACACAAGUGCCAGUGACUGAACCUAUAGAUGGCACCACUGAGCCAAUACAGGCCCAAGUGAAUGGCAGUAAAGAGAAAGAGUUUUAUGCCCAGAACAAGACUGAGACAGGUAAACAUGAUAUGAUGCCUGAUGAGGAUAAAAUAAUUGCUGUGGGAAACAUCAAGAAGGAGACAGCUAUGAUGAGGUUGAAUAAUAAGAUGAAAGCUCUGGAGCUGAAUAUAUCCCUUAGCAGCAGGUAUUUAGAGGAAUUAAGUCAAAGUUUCAAGAAGAAGAAUGAAGACAUGCAAAAAGCUUUCAAUAAAACCAUCACCAGUUUGAGGAAAACAGCACAAGAUGCUGAGGAUAGGGACUUGGUUCAACAAGCCACUAUAGCUAGUCUACAGCAGAGAUUGGAGAAUCUGACUUACACCAUGGUAGCCAUGGCAGACGACAUGAAGCAGAUGCAGAUAAAGGCAGUGGAGUUCCACCUGGUGGUGCUAGCUGUCCAGGCCAUGGUGCUGAUAGCAGUGUUGUUGUGGUGUUUGAGCAGACGUCCUCCCAGUCCUUCCAAGAUUGAGCUGGAGAAGUUACUUAAUGAGGUGAAGAGCCAUCGCCCCAACAUUCCAGCCCGGCGUCUUUCUGUUGAUGAAAGUGCAUUCCUAGAAAGUCCAGAGCCAAUCCUUACUGAGAGACUUUCUGGUUCAGAUCCAGAUUUGACCAUCAUUCAGCCGUCACUGCCUCUUAUCACAGAUUCUCCACUGAGGGCUCCACCAGAUGCCAAGAAGAAGAAAAAGGUGAGGAAGCGAAAGUCUCAAGAGAAAGCGUCCAAGUUGUCGUCCCAGCUCCUUAUAAGUCCGUCAGUUCACAAUGAUGAAGCAGUCCAUGAAGAUGUCACCAGUGCUGGACUUCUGUUUGCAGGUGUCAUGAAUGGCAGUCUAGUCCAGGGGGAGGAGGCCUUUAGUUACCAUCAAUCUAGUCAAAGUUUUCCAAAGAUGGACAAGUCUCCAACAGUGAAUGGUUUUCCUCUAUCUGACCAACAUACAAACAGCAUUGAAAACAUUGGACCUAUUGUAACUGGAAAGAUGAAUGGCCAUUACAACAGUAACCAUAACAACAGUAACCAAGGCAACAAUAAAGUAACACUUAGGAAGAAAAAGAAGCAAAGAGAAGACCAAUGUCAGCUACCUCCUUCCUGUCCAAAACCAGAUAAUCAUAUAAAUUCUGUUGCCAGUUGGUUACCAUGGAAACAGUAAAUAGAGUGCUAAUCAAAAUUAUCAGUGUGGGGUCAAAAUUGGUCAUGAGGGGACAGUAACAAAAUGUUUGGUUUAUUGUUUUACUUCUCUACAAAUGUACA